AGCUCACUUGUACCCCAUCAAAACCGUGUAUAGCGUAGAAGUGAUCUGGCGGAGUGCGUGAUCACGGAUGUUCUUUGAUUCAGUUCAACUCGAACUGUUCAACGGAAAAGUUGAUUGACAACGGUCAUCUCUGCUGUGUGGUUGUUUCUUGGCGGAUGUUUUUUGCUAUUGAGUGAUCCGAAACCGAAAUUUUCUUGUUAAUGAAAUCUUCAACAACAAAUAACAACUCACUUUGUUAAAACGAUUAAGUUGUCAGUUAUGUGCUUAUUAGCUUGAAUUGAUUGAGAGGAAUUCUUGUGUUAAUAAUUAACAAAGUGAAAUGAUUAAGUUUAUUUUUCUGGCCGUUUAUUCGUUGGGGGUGGUGUGGUGCCAACUCGAUUUCGGUGAUGACAAAGUUGUGAAUAAAAAUUUCAAAAGUGCUCCCACAACAAUAAAAACGUAUGAAAACGAUACUGUGCUGCUUCCCUGCAACUACAAUACACCAUCUCGAUAUGUACGAUGGCACCGCGAUGAUGUACUCUUAGUCGAUUCCCGUCAUCCCGAAAUUCCUCCACCGGAACGGGUUCACCUCUGGACAAACGGAAGCUUGCAAGUAUCUCGUGUGAAAGAUGCGGACAGUGGCGAAUAUUAUUGUGAGGUGAUGGCGGAAGGAGGGCGCCAGGCCGUACAAAUUCACGCCAUCGAGGUGCAAUAUCCACCUGCGGUACUUGCAUCGCCAAAUGGAGUCGUUGAACUUCCGGUUGGAUCGGUUUUUGAGAUUUUGUGUGAGGCGCGAGGAUUCCCAAUUCCCAUAAUAACGUGGCGGCGGAAUGGCAUCGAGGAGCCCAACGAAAAAAUGAAUAAUCGUCGGCGGUUGCUGGUGGAAGUGGAGUCAAGAGACAUGGCGGGACUAAUUGAAUGUAUAGCAAAUAAUGGAGUUGGCCAGCCUGCAGUGGACGGAGUGCAUCUGAGUGUUUUGUUUAAGCCGGAAGUAAAAGCCGUGACGAAUGUAGUUCACACGAAGAUUGGUAUGCGAGCACAUCUGGAGUGUGUUGUCGAAGCUGCACCGGCCGCCACGGUCCACUGGUUCCACCAUGGUGUGCCCGUUCAACCGGACAUCAGAAUAGCCCGUCACGACAGUGAGCUGCAAACGAACCACUCAUUAGCGCAUUAUUUCACCGAAUCGAAGCACAUAUUGGUCAUUAAGAAGGUGAAGGAUCACGACCUGGGCAUGUACGAGUGUCGGGCGGAGAAUCGCGUCGGAUUCAAAGGUGAAGUCAUCGAGUUGACCGGGCGGCCCAUGGCAUGCGUCUUCAAAAGCUCGCCGAUCGCAUCAACGCCCACCACACAUAAUCUCAUUUGGCAGACCGAGAGCUUGUCGCCUAUUAUAGAAUACAAAUUGAAAUUUCGACAGGUUCCAUCAGGAAAUGUGACGCCACAAAAUCGUUUUCUCAACGUCGGCUGGAACGAACUCACAAUUCCGUCUGAGUUUUCAGAAGGCCCCAUGCACACCACAUCCUACAGUCUUAAAGGACUCCAACCAGCUAGUGUCUACGAAGUUGCAGUGACGUCCCGAAAUCGCUAUGGGUGGAGCGAUAACAGCAAAAUUGUGCGAUUUGCAACGGGAGGUGAAAUUCAAUUGGAAAAUUAUUCAACCGAGAGUGAUAUUCACUACGAAGACAUGGAAGACAACUACAUAACCGACUUAACAACACAAAAUCAGGAUUACAUACGAUAUGCGAAAACUCUGUCUCAAUACGAAAGUUCGAAAACAAGUAAAAUUAAUUUAAGUAUUUUUGUUAUUCUUGGUGCAAUGUUGAUAUUUUUAUAAUAAACGAUUUCGAUUACGAUGUGUUGGUAUGCACAA